CCUGACAACCGCAUGCGCUUGCCUGGGCUUAGAGCUCACUGCGCUCUAUACACAGGCUGCCACCCAUAGAAAACAGCCAUGGCGCCUCUGUCAUCGCCUCUUUCGUUUCUUUUGAAACACAGGGACUGUCUGCAGAAGGCGAAUACUCUCUGUAAUGUCGUACAGGCUUUACACCGCCGGCGACCCGGGGCUCCCUCGUGGAAACGGGAUUUCGGUGCGGUAUCGCAUGGAGUAAGUCCACUAUUGUCACAACAGCCCACAGCCAAAAACUACGCAUCAUCCGUCUGUAGCAGCUCUUCAGACGGUCAGGACAUGGCAGAGAGGCUGUGGUCUGUUUACAAUGAGAAGAAAAGACAGACUGAAGAUUUAAUCCAAGUCAUAACUGCCAACGCAGUCAACCCUGACACCAUUUUUGCCAACAAUGAGAUGAGCCUGCGAGACAUAGAGAUCUACGGCUUCGACUACGACUACACCCUGGCUUUCUACUCCAGCCACCUCCACACCCUCAUCUUCAACAUAGCAAGGGACAUUCUCAUUGCUGAUCACAGGUAUCCAGAGGGUCUACGAACGUAUGAGUAUAUUCCUAAUUUUGCAGUGAGAGGACUUCACUAUGAUGUCCAGAAGGCGCUGCUGAUGAAGAUAGAUGCUUUUCACUACAUCCAGUUGGGAACUGUAUACAGGGGUCUUCAUCCAGUUCCUGAUGAGGAAGUAAUUGCCAUGUAUGAAGGUUGUCACGUACCUCUAGAGAACAUGAGUGACUUCUAUGGCAAGAGUUCUCAUGGCCACAACAUGAAACAGUUUAUGGACAUAUUCUCCCUACCUGAGAUGACCCUCCUGUCCUGUGUCAGUGACUUCUUCAUGAGGCACAAUAUCGACUAUGAGCCAGUGCAUCUCUACAAAGAUGUAAAGGAAGCCAUUAGAGAUGUUCACGUCAAGGGAAUUCUGUAUCGAACUGUAGAGGCAGAUAUUGAGAAAUACGUUUGCUACGGCGAGCAAAGCCACGCUGUGCUGAAGAAGCUGUCAGAGCACGGAAAAAAGAUGUUUCUCAUUACCAACAGCCCUUAUGACUUUGUAAACCGGGGGAUGCGAUUCAUGGUAGGAAAGGACUGGAGGGACCUGUUUGAUAUCGUUAUUGUUCAAGCUGACAAACCUAGUUUCUUCAAUGACAGGAGAAAACCUUUCAGGCGAGUGACAGACAAAGGUGUGCUGCUGUGGGACAGGAUUCACAGGUUAGAAAAGGGGCAGAUCUACAAACAGUUCCUGAGACUCACUGGGUGGAGAGGAUCCAAAGUGCUCUAUUUUGGUGAUCACAUCUACAGUGACUUGGCAGAUCUGACUCUGAAACAUGGCUGGAGGACAGGUGCAAUCAUCCCUGAGCUUAGGAAGGAGAUUAAGAUCAUGAACACAGAGCAGUAUGUGCACAUGAUGACCUGGUCACAGGCGCUGACUGGACUUAUCGAACAGAUGCAGGUACUGAGGGAUCCAGCAUCUCAAGCUGUUGUCGAGGAGUGGAUCAGAGAAAGGGAAGCUAUGAGGUAA